UCCCUGACAUAUUAAUGGCAGAACUCGACCUGUCAAGUGAAUAGUUUUAUUGGAUAAUUUUUAACUUAAUUAAAAUGGAACGAAUUUUCUAAUUACGGCGAUAAUUAUAAAAUGGACCGAACCGUUUUUUCCACCAGUUACAUCGCAGUCAUUUAAAAUUUGCUUGAAAUUAGUUUGAAUUUGGGGCACAGUGAAAAGAAGUGGAAGGACUAGAUGCCGCGCUGGCGGCAGUACUUCAAGGGGCGGUGCGAUGCUCAACUUGGAGCAGGAAGUAGGAGUUUGGGAUUCUGUACUUCUUGAGCCAUUGUCAGAAGAUACAUUUAUUGCUAAUUUACAACAAAGGUUCAAGAGAGACCAUAUCUACACAUACAUUGGAAACGUGCUUGUCUCCGUUAACCCUUACAAAAAAUUAGCUUUAUACUCGACUGAUCUUGUAGAAACUUACGUUAAAAGGGGACCAUUUCAGCUGCCCCCUCACAUAUACGCAAUUGCUGGAUCUGCAUAUAGAUGGUUAAAUGACAGAAAUGAGGACCAGUGUAUUGUCGUCACAGGAGAAAGUGGCUCAGGAAAAACGGAAGCAGCAAGAAUCGUUUUACAAUUUUUAGUUUUAGUUUCUGGUGAUAUUUCUGAAGUUAAACUUAUGAAAGACCGCUUAGUACAAGCUAACACUUUAUUGGAAGCUUUUGGCAAUGCUAGAACUAUAAAAAAUGAUAAUGCAUCGCGAUUUGGGAAGUUUUUGGACAUUGAGUUUGACUACAAGGGGGAUCCGAUUGGGGGCCACUUGACCCACUAUUUUUUGGAUAAGGCCAGAGUUACGUGUUUAUCGCCAGGUGAUCGUAAUUUUCAUAUUUUUUAUCAAUUACUUUCUGGUGCUGAUAUUCAUUUAUUAAAAUGCCUAAAACUUCAACGCAAUGUCGAACAUUACAACAUUUUACAAACUGUAAAUAAUCAACCUACUUUAACCGACGAUGAAGAUAAAAAGUUAUUUGUUUACACGAAGAGUGCAUUGGAAGUGUUAGGUUUUAACGUUGAAGACAUUAUCGAUAUAUUUCAAGUUAUAGCAAUUGUGUUAAAAUUAGGCAAUUUACAAUUUGUGCCUUGUAAUAACAUAGAUGGUACUGAGGGUUGCGCAAUCAGUAACGAAUACGAAUUAUUCGAAAUCUGCGAAUUGCUGGGUGCCGAGCACAGAUGGCUUCAGAGAGCCUUAACGAGUCGACAAAUCGAAGACGGAAUCUUAGCAGACCUCAACGCGUACGAAGCGUCAAAAAUCAGGGAUAUUUUAUGCAAAACUUUGUACAGCCGUCUUUUUACAUGGCUGAUUAACAAAAUAAACGAAAUAAUUAAGGGCCAGAGGUUGGGUAAACGAAAAGUCUUGGGCGUGUUAGACUUGUACGGGUUUGAAGUAUUUGAGAAAAAUUCAUUCGAGCAACUCAUCAUUAAUUAUUGUAACGAAAAGUUGCAUCAGUUCAUUACGAAUAUAACGUUGAAAGAAGAACAAGAAGAAAUAAUCAGGGAGGGAUUAGAGUGGUCAAAAAUCGAAUAUUUUAACAACAUAGUAAUUUGUCAAUUGUUGGAGCAUGAAAGUCAUGGUGUUUUGUCAUUACUUGAGGAACCGCACGUUCAGGGCGACUCUUGUUAUCUAAAUAGAGUCGAACAGUGUUGUGCUGGUCAUUCGUAUUGUCUUGCAGCCGAUGCCACACUGCCACAAUAUAGUUUUCAGAUACGUCAUUAUGCUGGUGCUGUCACCUACAAUGUGCACGAGUUUCUUGAAAAAAAUCGUGAUUCGUUGCCUAAGGAAGUGUCUCGAGCUAUGUUUCGUUUCGAUCACCCUUUAAUGAAGUCGUUAUUUCCCGAGGGCAACCCCAAACGUUGCAGUUUCAAACGACCAGUUUCUAAAUCAGUCCAGUUGCGAGUUUCUUUAAAUUCCCUUUUGAAAAGCUUAAAUGCGCGUCAGAUUCAUUAUAUCCGGUGCUUGAAGCCGAACGAAAUGAAACAACCCCGGAUUUUAGAAAUGGCGCUCAUCCAACAUCAGGUGCGUUAUUUGGGUUUGAUUUCCACGGUGCAGAUCUGGCGUUCGGGAUACUGUUAUCGUUUAGCAUAUCCUCAGUUUCUUUGUCGGUAUAAGAUGAUUUGUGGGAAUACCUGGCCGAGAUGGCGUGGGUCUCCGAUAGAGGGCGUUUCAGUGCUUUUACGAUCACUGCCAAUCCCAAGUGCGGAAUUUACGUUUGGUCGAAAUAAAUUGUUCGUGAGGAGUCCUCGCACCGUAUUCGAGUUGGAGGAUUUUAGAAGAGUCAGAUUGCACGAUUUGGCACUUUUGAUACAAAAGUCGUGGAGGGGGUUCAAUCAGAAGAGGAAGUACCAGAAGUUGAGGCGUUGUCAAAUGGUUAUAGCCUCGGCGUGGAGGAGUUGGCGGGCACAAGAAGAGUACAGGACGUUGAAACACCGCAAACAAGUCGAAUGGGCCGCUAGAGUUAUUCAAAGACAUUAUAUUCAAUGGAAGCGAAGACGAUUUCUUCAAUCAUUUUGGAAAUUAUUACCGCCCGAUGCCGACUCUCCCAUUUGUAGAGAAUGGCCAUCUUGUUCUUCCAGAUUAGCAGAAUGUAAUAAUUUAUUGAAAAAAAUCCAUCAUCGUUGGCGUUGUGGUAAAUAUCGGCUUAAGUUUGAUCAAACAGCGAGAAAUCGUAUGAGAGAAAAAGUUACCGCGAGUUUUAUUUUCAAAGACAGGAAGUGUUCAUAUCCUAGAAGCGUUUCUCAUCCAUUUCUCGGGGAUUACGUUCGGCUAAGGCAAAAUAUUCAAUGGAAAAAAAUCUGUUUAGAAAGUAACGACCAAUAUGUAGUUUUUGCUGACAUUAUUAAUAAAAUAGCGCGUUCUAGUGGCAAGUUUGUGCCAAUUCUUUUGGUUGUCUCGACACGAUCGAUGUUGAUAUUGGAUCAGCGGACGUUGCAAAUAAAAUAUCGUGUGCCUGCGACAGAGAUCUACCGGAUGUCUCUGUCACCGUUUCUCGAUGACGUCGCCGUCGUCCACGUGCGUGCAUCAUCGGUAGCCAACGCUGACAGCGCAAGUUCGAAUUCCGAUGCGACCGGUUGCUUAUUUCAGAGCGACUUAAGUAAGAAAAAAGGCGAUUUCGUGUUUCAAACCGGUCACGUGAUUGAAGUCGUGACAAAAUUAUUCCUGGUUGUCCAAAACGCCACAGGCAAACCACCUGAAGUCAACAUAACGACAGAGUUUGAAGCCAAUUUCGGGUCGCAAACGGUGACUUUCACCUUCAAAUGUAUGGGAUUGCCGGAAGUGCAACCUGGCCAAAUCCGUGUUCUUCGCAAAGGCAACAAGAUGGAAGUUCAUGUGUGACAUUUUGCCAAACAUAUCUUCGAGACCAGCAUAUUGAUCACUGCCAUUAGAGUUAUUCGUUGCACAAUAGAUUGGGAGAAUUGGAUCUGUAUUUGUUCCGUAUACAGUGUUGACCAAAAAUUGAAUCCUAGCUUAGCGUGAGAAUUUUAAAAUUUGUGUUACGGCUGAAAUUUUAAAGUACCUUUAUAUUGAACAAUCAUACAUGACGAACUAGCUUACAUAUUAAUAAACCCCAUUGAGAUGCAAGGUAUAAGGAUAGUUCGAAAAUUCUUGUUAAUAAAUUACGUCUUGUAUACAAGUUAAAGUAAUUUUUUAAAGUUAGUCUUUUUGACUUUAGAUGUUAGUUUCUCAUGUUUUAAUUAUUUAUAACGUACAUUUCCUGUUGGUUUCUAACAUAAUGUAAAAAUGUUGAUAGUGUACAUUAUCUACAUUUUCUCUAAGUUCUAUAAAUUAUAAAUCCAAUAGCGAUAUGUUAAUAAACAAGUUAUAUUUUUA